AUGUUCCACCUUCUGCUGGAUCGGUACCUGCCUCAAUCUAGUGGAUUCCCCCUCAUCAAGUUUGGAUCGUCUCCACUUUCGAGUAACUUAGCACCACCUACAAAGCUCCGAGUCUUGAAGGUGGAUGUCUUUGGCGAAACAUCAAUCGACUCCGAAGGAUCGGUCAGCAUGACCUGCAGUCCGCAGGACGCUGAGAAUACCGUGCUUCCGCCCGCGGAAUACGACCGUUUAGCUCCGACCUGGGGACCUCGCGCUGAAUGGUUGUUCGGAUACCGCGAUCGGGUACCCUGGUCUCACUCCCAAGUACACCCGUGGUCGGCCCGUCGUCUCAGCCUGACCUCCGUGGCGGAGCUGGACUUGGAUGCCUUGUUCGAGCACCUGACACGGCCGGCAGGGUACAUCUUCCCAGCACCCACCGCGCCUCGAUCUAAAGUUGCUCCGCCUGAAUCUGAGUGGAUUUUACGGCUGGUUACUUCGGCUCAAGUGUUAGCGUUGUUUCAUCAAGAGCCUUGGAACCAAUACCAUAGCCACGUCAUACCGGUUCUGUUUCACGCGACUGGCUGGUUCGCAGAGCUGGCAUCCGCGUACCGAGACUUCAAGACCCGGCAUUUACAGGCUUUGUGGGAAGCAACCCACGCCAUUUAUUUACCGGCCGAGCAGCGCGAUCGCGAUCCGGAGUUGGCGCAGAUUUACCAGCAGCGCCAACAGCGGCGAUCGUGA